CAGAUAACAAAACGUUUACAAUCAAGAUUAAGAAGUUAUCUUCAAGUUCUAAGAACUAAUAAAAUUACUGUUGAAAAUUUAUAUAAAUUUCAUGUGAAACAACCUAUAACAAGAAAACAUGAUUGUUGUGGUAUUCAAAUGAAAGAAUUCAAUGAGAAUGAAUAUGGAUGUAGAAUAUCACGUCAUACUAGCUGUGAUUUAAUACCACCUAGUACUCCUAAAGGAUCUUUUAAUCCAGGCAGAAAUCUCACUGAAGUAUGGAGAAGUAAUGUACAGUAUUUUUCAACUUUAAAAUGGCAGUAUUUUAUCUCAGCAGAAGGAAUACAUAGUGAAUAUCCUGCUAAUGGUUUCCGCUGGUCACAAGAUUGUCAUAAUGUCCAUGACACAAGACACAGAGAUGUAUUUCUAUCUACAAUACAGCCUCAGAGAAAGAAUGUUGUAAUUAUGAUGGACCAUGGUAAUUCUAUGAGUAAAAAUCAACUACAUACAGCUAAAGCUAUUGCUAAACAUUUACUGGGUUCAUUUUCCAAAAAUGAUAGAAUUGGUAUGAUUGGUCUAUCAUCAAAACCUACCUAUCCUAGAUCUGAUGCUUGUUUAACUAAUUCUUUAGUACCAGCAACAUUUGAGACCAGAUCGUUCUUCAGUAAAUUUGUAGAUGAUUUGAGUAAAGUUAACAGUACAACAAAUCAUUCAUUAGGAUUUGAAACAGCAUUUAAGAUGGUACAGAAUGCUUUAAGAGAGAAUGGUUAUACAGAACAUGCUAUGAUAUUAUAUAUUAGUCGUGGUUUAUUGUCCUCUCUAACACAAGCCGGGGAAGUUAUGAAGAUUAUAUCUAUACAGAAUGCUAGAACAGGAAAUAAAGUUAUUAUCAAUACAUAUGCUGUAAUAGAUGAUGGUAAACCUAUUAUGUAUGAGAAGACAUUUUUACAGAAUGUAGCUUAUCAAAAUUAUCCUGUUUAUAAUGUUAAUUAUACAUUAAGAAUACCAGUUAUACGUGGUAUGAUGAUGGCUAUCAAUUCAACUACUGAUCUAAGUUCAAGUGUAGGAAGAUUUUAUUUACCAUUAAAUAAUACAUCAGAUGAAAGUCCUGUAUUCUCAUUACCUUAUAUAGAUGAAGCAGACAGAUCACUAGUAUUAACAUUGAGUCAACCCUGUUUUCAUAAAUAUAAAGAGAAAUCUAAAUUAAUUGGUAUGGUGGGUGUUGAUUUACAUGUAGAAGAUAUAGUACAAGAUGUUACUUAUUAUAAUCAAGAUGGUCAAUCAUAUAGCUUUAUUGUUACUGUUGAUGGUUUUACCAUCAUGCAUCCAUCAUUCUCUAGACCUAUUAGAACUAACAUACAACCUAUGCAUACAGAUAUCCGUCAUUUUGAGAAUGUUAAUGGCUUUGAAUUAAUUAGAAGAAGUAUUCUGAGUUUGGAAGAAGGGGAGUCUACAUUAUUAUUAGAUUCUAAUAAUUCCUCAGUUUCUCCAGAACAUUCUACACCUCAUUUCUAUGCUAAAUAUAUGUGGAGAAAAGUUGAUAAUGCACCUUAUAUUGUCGUUUUAAAAGUCUUAAUAGAAAUUAAGAAAACUAGAGAAAUUAGAAACAUAGUGUCAAAUCAACCUGAUUUAGUGUAUCACAGAUUAGAUUUAUUACCAAGGGAUAAGAUGUGUCUACAUUUAAAACAAUUAUCAACAUUAGAUACCAGUACUAUCUUUCUCUCAGCUAAUAGUUUUGAAAAUCCUUUUGAACAUUUGAGUGAAGAAGAAACUAAGAGAAUAGUACAGAUUUAUUUAACAUAUCUUAAAGAUGAUACUAUGAUGAUAUCUAAUCCUGGUCUAAAGGAUAAAGUAAGAAAUGAUGUAGCUGCUAGUACUAGAAUUAAUGAAGAAUGGAUAAGAAGAUAUAAAGCUAGUACAUUAAAAGAUUAUAUUAUAAGAAGAUAUGUGGCGACACCUAGUGGAGUUAGUAGAAUGUAUCCUGGUACACAACUUGGUAAAUCAUUUGAUCCUACCAAGAGAAGCUGGUUUUCUAGAGCAUUAGAAUUUCCUGGUCAUGUGACAUUAACGGCACCAUAUUUAGAUGUUGGUGGUGCUGGUUAUAUUGUUACUAUUAGUCAUACUAUAUUUGAGGGAAAACCAGCAGCGUUACAUAGUCCAGCUGAUAGAGUAGCUGCUGUAAUGGGUAUGGAUAUAACUAUGGGAUAUUUCCAUAAACUAUUAUUAGAAAGUAUUAAAGGGUGUAAUCAGCCUACUGUUAGAUGUUUUUUGAUGGAUGAUAAGGGAUAUUUAAUAGCUCAUCCAGCUUUUAUUGAUCCUAAUGGUAAAGGUCCUGUAGAACAACAACAUAUCACACAUAAGGAACCGCUAGUAGCUAAUGAUAUAUUAAACCAUAGAGGAUUUGUACAGAAAAAACUAUGUAAUAGAUACAAUGAUAGAACAGUACAGAGAUAUUAUAAGUUUAACACCAGUCUAGAAGGUAUUCUGACUAAUUUGGUACAUGGUGAACAUUGUGCCAGAUAUCAGAUCACCUAUAUACCUGGUACUAAUGCAUUCUUGGGUAUAGUUAAUCAUACUUGUGAAACAGCUACUGCUUUCUGUCCCUGUAGUAUGGUUGAUAGACUAUGUUUAAACUGUCACAGAAUGGAACAGAGUGAAUGUGAAUGUCCUUGUGAAUGUCCACUAGAAAUGGAUCUUUGUACUGGUGAACUCCUUGAUGAAGAAGACUUAAAUGCUAGUUGUGAUAGAAACCCAGAAGAAGAACAUAUAGUAAUGGUGAAUGCUAGUUUAACAUCUAAAUUACAACAAUGUUAUCAACCUAACUGUGAAGAAAGGAAAACUAAAAAUGAUUGUAUGGGAGUUAUUGACUGUGAAUGGUGUCAAGUACAGUUAGAUGGUAAAACAACUAUUAAUAAACCAUAUUGUGCUAAUCAAAGAGUAUGUUUUGGUGGUGUAGUUGGUGCUCAUACACCAUAUGGUGAUGAAAUAGCUGGUAUGUAUCUUUUAAAGAGUACACCAGUAGGUCCUGUAGCAGGUGGUAUUAUGGGAUGUUUUCUGAUAUUAGCAUUAGGUGUCUAUUGUUAUAGACAUCAUGUACAUCGUAAUACACAUCAAUAUAUUAGUUCUAUGCCUGAUGGUAAUAAUAGAAUGAGUCAUUAUUAUAAUGAACCAGAAGAUAUUGAACCUGCAGAUGAACCAAGUUCAGGUAAGCCACUCUUACAAUGUCAUACUAAUUUUGUGUUAGCAUCGUUUGAGAAUCCAGCUAGUAUCUCUCCAUAUAGAGUUAAUACGUCAUAUCGUAGACCAGCUGGUGGGGACAGUGAUCAUGGUUAUAGUACUAUGACACCUCAUGAAGAUAGUGAACAUGCUAGUUUACCGUGUUUAGAACCAUUGUUAAUAGGUAGAGACCGAUAUAAACCUACUAUACAUGGUGUAUCUAAAACACCUAUAUUACCCCCACCUCCUAGUAUCUCUAGGAGAAGUAGGAGUCCAACACCUCCACAAACACGUUUAUCUACAACAUACUCUACAAUACCUGAACAAACAUGUCUACCUUCAGACUCUAGUGUUACCCCCACUACAACAAUUUUAGACACACCUCAUAAUGUUAUAGCUAAUGUACAGGUUCAUAUGGUGGACUCACAUUAA